ACCUCUCUCCACACUCCACACACACACACACCAUGGACUUUUCACAAUUCAACGGCGCCGAGCAGGCACACAUGUCCAAGGUCAUCGAGAAGAAGCAGAUGCAGGACUUUAUGCGUCUCUACUCCGGCCUCGUCGAAAAGUGCUUCAACGCCUGUGCCCAGGACUUUACCAGUAAAGCCCUCACCACCAACGAGACCACCUGCGUCCAGAACUGCACCGACAAGUUUCUGAAGCACUCUGAACGGGUCGGCGCGAGGUUUGCAGAGCACAACGCCGAGCAAAUGCAGGGCGCCGGACAGUAACGGUCUGGGAGUAUUUUGCAAGUGGCGUAGGAUAAAAUCAACAGUCGUACUUUACAAUCAUCUUGCAUGUAUCAAACAGAUGGAUAACAGAUUCUAA